UCAUUAUUUUCCCGCUCUAAAACACGUUCACUUUUUGCAUAAAUAUUAGCCGCCUUGACCACAAGAGGUAGUGGAUUUGUUUGUGACCUAACUUGCGGGCGGUUUUGCUCUAACCUUGGCAUGAUAGCGGCGCGGAUCACUCGGUUAUCGAAAUCACGGUUAUUGAACUAAGAUUUUCUCGUAAUCGUGUAUGAAGGAGCGCAAAUGAACUUCACUUCAUCGCUUAAGAUCGCGCACGUUUCCAGAUAGUAAGUUUUUUUUUUUGGAUUUUCUUCUGCCAGCGAUAUCUCCAAUACCCAAAACCUGGAGUAAUUAUUUUUGGCGCGAGAUACUAAUUAAUUGGUGCACCUCUGCCGGCGUACCAAUCGCAUCACCGCUAUCGCUAAUUAGGCCUUGCGUUGCCGGGGUAACGGGCGCCGCACAAUGGAGAAUGAAGCGAAAUCAGGUGACCAUCGCACGUGCAGUUAGCGGCAAUGGCGGUCAAUCGGUCAAGCUCGAUAACAGCACCUGCUAACUUCGAGCUAAUUUCCAUGUUCGGACAGAUGACAGUUCAUUUCCUUGGGUUCGGGUGAUUAGGGCUUAAUUGGACCAGCUGACGACUACAUCACACUAGCUGAUUUGUCGACAGGCCGGUGAGAUCUCGGAAUCAAAACGUCGAAUCCCGCCCCCUUUGACGAGCCCUUGAACAGCCUGUCACAUUGGCUGUCGGCCUGUCAAACGGCUUGACAUGAGUAACGCAACUAAAGGUUCAUUUAUCAAGAGUGUCAUUGGACGGGCGCUGAUUGGCCAAUUCGUGCUGGCUCGCUUUCUGCCAAUCAAUAACACAUGGGAUCGAGGAGGCGAGAGUCAAAAAUAACGUGUGGUCUUCAUAAGCGUGUAACGAGGUUUUGAGAGCGUACCACGACAGAACGACAAACGAACUCUCGACAAACCGUCAGAAUUUUGUCGUGGAAAAUUUAGCGCCCGCCAACUCGAAGGUAAUUUUAUUUGAAUUUGUCUCGUUCGAUUUGCCAUGUCGACGACCACAAUUCUAGCGCCGUCGCCGAAUACGGGCUCGAAUGCGAACGGCGAGAGCAAUGGAAAGUGCAGUCCGGACCGCGUUAAGCGACCCAUGAAUGCAUUUAUGGUUUGGAGCAGAGAGAGACGGCGUCGAAUGGCACAAGAACAUCCCAAGAUGCACAAUUCCGAGAUAUCGAAGCGGCUGGGAGCCGAGUGGAAACUGCUGUCGGACGCUGAAAAGCGCCCGUAUGUGGACGAAGCAAAAAGAUUACGAGCUGUUCACAUGAAGGACCACCCCGACUACAAGUACAGACCGCGACGAAAGAGCAAAACUUUGCUCAAGAAAGACAACAAAUAUACACUGUCAAUGUUGGGCGCUCAAGGCGGCCCGCCAGUCCAGCGAUCUGUGGCGCAAAACCCGGCCGAACAUUUUGCCCAAAUGAACGGUUUCUCAGCGUACGGUCCCAUUACAGCUUACAGCCAGAUGAAUGUCAAUGAUCCUUAUAGUACAAUGUACGCUGGUCAUCCACUCUCACCGCAUACCCCUACACAACUUCAGGCAUCGAAUGGCAUGCAUCACUCCGGCUACACCGGCAUGGCAGGCGCACAGAUCUACCCUGCCGUUUCAUCGCAGGGUCCAGUUUACACCAUGAACGGAACUCAAUCGAUGAACGCGAUUACUCCUUUGUACUCGCAGCCUAGCAAUCAAGUCCUGCUACCUAACAUUAAACAAGAAAUGCCGAGCCCUGGCUCGCAGUCCGGCCGAGCACGGAGCUGCACCGAUCAGCUGGGAGAUAUGAUUAAUACGUACCUUCCAGGGGAUGGUUCGAGUAUAGCGAGCGCGAAUCACCAUCACCAAGUAGCUGGAAGCCACGUUCCACCGAAUCGUUAUAACCAGUGGCAAGAGUCAAGCUCAGUGGCGAACAAUCUGCCUGUCCACAGCGGAGUUUCUGCUGCCAGCAUUUCUAACGUUUCGGGAGUGAGUGGGACAAUGCCAUUAACUCACUUACCAUGAUGGAAUUAGCAAAGCUCCGAGCUCAUUUCUACCGCAAACACGGUAAAUUCAUUCUGUAUUUUGCUACCUGACCAUUUUCACAGUCGUUUAUAGAGAGAUGAAGGAGGAAAGUUUAAAUAAGCGGCAACUAAACAGAUUAUUGCUUGGCUCGACUUUCAACUGGAGAGUCAAGGCACUGCGGUGCUAUGCGAAGGCGAAGAGAAAAAAAUUCGCGGCGAUCUUGCCGGAGAACUGAAUUUACUUGUUGAGCGAAAAUUUAUUGAUCAGGCUGAUGAGUUAUUUAAGGAACUAGUGACACACGUUCGCUGUCCUCUCUGGAUGUGAAUAAUUCUACUGAGAAGUGAAGUGAACUUAAGUAAUUGAAACGACUCGUGUACCUUUCAACACACGAAAGAUUGUAUCUAGGAGAAAAAAAAUUCUUGCUUUAGUCGAGCUUUUUUCAGUCGCGUCGAGUCGAACGUCAAAUGUUCACGCAUCCAUUUACUGGCUGGAUCAUUCUUUUAAACUCUUAAUGUUUGUUGGCUUGCAUGUUUGAAUUACUUUGUAGGAUUAAGCACGUUUGUAUGAAUUUCAAAACCCUAUGUGUACCAUGCUAAUAUUAAGUUAGUAUUGCUGAGUUCCGUAAUGAUAUCUUGAUGAAGAGAGAAGAAACAACUUGUAUAUAACUUCAGAUCAAAGAGAGCAGAUAAUAAUAUUUCGUUUAUUUUCCUUUUGAAGAAAUAAAAAAGCACAUAAAAUAA